AUGUUUACAGUCUACACAUCAGCCUCCUCCUCUUCCUCUCCUCAUCACUCCUCAUCAUCUUCUUCUUCCUCUCUCUCUCUCCCUCCUCUUGCUCCUCCUCCUCUUGCUCCUCCUCCUCCUCCCUCCUCCUCCUCCUCCUCCCUCCUCCUCCUCCUCCUCCAACAGCAGCGGUGUGCACUCACCGUGCCCGCGGGCCCUCCUCCUCCUCCUGCGGGGCCCCGGGCCGCUCACACUGGCCUGGUAGCGGUUGGGUCGUGUGGCUCUGGGGCCUCUCCCUUCGCUCCAUGUCCCGUAGAGCAGCGCUUCGUGCACGCUCUCCCGGAAGAACCAGAGGAACACGGCACGGGACGGCAUCUCACAUGGUCCCGCGGACUGCACGGGGCAAGGGUCGAGGGGCCCGGGAGAAGACAGGCUGUGACGGUGCUUCCAGUCUCCAACACCCCCUCACGCACGCACGCACGCAGGCGGCAGGUCAUUACGCACAGCUGCUGGGACACCUCCACGUGCGCGUGCACUGAGCUGUCCGCGCGCACGCCCCAGGACACGGGGAUCUUGGUGCUCGUUUGA